UAAAAAAUGUUCUAUCAUUGGCCAUUCUAAAUUCAGUUCUCUCUCAUUUCCUUUUUCACCAAGUUGUGUUUUGGCUUAGACUUCAUAAACUUCCACUUUCUGAAUGAAGGUGCAUCUAUUCUACUCCUUAAACACAAAUAUAUUUUCCCACUACUGUGAAAAUGUAACCAAUUUCAGUUCUCACACCAACCUGCUCCAAACCACAAGAGGAGUUAUUUGUUCCAGCCUCCUGUGUGGACUGCUUUCCUAUCAAAGCACCUCAGACAUGCAUGAGGAAGAAAUGUACAGCUCUCUUCAGUGGGAUAGCCCAGCACCAGACACUUACCAGAAAUGUCUGUCUUCCAACAAAUGUUCGGGAGCAUGCUGUCUUGUGAUGGUGAUUUCAUGUAUUUUCUGCAUGGGAUUAUUAACAGCAUCCAUUUUCUUGGGCGUCAAGUUGUUGCAGGUGUCCACCAUUGCAAUGCAGCAGCAAGAAAAACUCAUCCAACAAGAAAGGGCACUGCUAAACUUUACAGAAUGGAAGAGAAGCCAUGCCCUUCAGAUGAAAUAUUGCCAAGCCUUAAUGCAAAACUCUUUAAGUUCAGCCCAUAACAGCAGUCCUUGUCCAAACAAUUGGAUUCAGAACAGAGAAAGUUGUUAUUAUGUCUCUGAAAUUUGGAGCAUUUGGCACACCAGUCAAGAGAAUUGUUUAAAGGAAGGUUCCACGCUGCUACAAAUAGAGAGCAAAGAAGAAAUGGAUUUUAUCACUGGCAGCUUGAGGAAGAUAAAAGGAAGCUAUGAUUACUGGGUGGGGUUGUCUCAGGAUGGACACAGCGGACGCUGGCUUUGGCAAGAUGGCUCCUCUCCUUCUCCUGGCCUGUUGCCAGUAGAGAGAUCCCAGUCAACUAACCAAGUCUGUGGAUACAUGAAAAACAAUUCCCUUCUUUCGUCUAACUGCAGCACUUGGAAGUAUUUUAUCUGUGAGAAGUAUGCGUUGAGAUCCUCUUCCUGAAAGAAAUUGUGUUCAAAGUGUUCUAUUACACUGUUAUUUGGAACAUGCCAUUGGAAAACCCACCCCCACCCCCCCAAAAAAACAGAACAGUAAACCAAAAAUGUGAGCAAUGAAAUUAGCAACCUGGGACUCAAUAGUACACUAGGGAAUAUUCUUCCACACCAUCCAGAUUUCAUUUGAUAUUGUUCACAUUGCAAGAAUAAAACUUAUUUAGAGCUACAGAGGACAAAACCCUGAAGAGUUAAGAACAAACACAAGGAAAUAAUUUUUAUUGUUUAAAGCCCAGAAUGACUGUAAAUUUCACACGAGGUACGCAUCUAUGUUUUUGGGGGAGGUGAUGCAGUUACAGCUGACUAAUUAAUUUUUCAAAUAAAUAAAUAAAUUUGGCCUUUUAAACUC